AUGCAGGACCCAGACUUGAGCCAUUACAAGUCCCUGGGAGAAUUCUUUUACAGAGAACUCAAAGACGGGGUUAGAACGAUUGAAGAGGCACCGGUAGUGUCUCCUGCAGACGGCACAGUCCUACAUUUUGGCACGAUUCAAGGACGUCGCGUCGAGCAGGUCAAGGGCAUCACCUAUUCUCUCGAUGCUCUUCUCGGCACUUCAUCCGAACCGCAAGCGAGAGAUGAUUUUGUUGGAGGACUCUCGCAAGAUGGUCAAGGGCAAUCUAGCGACGAGAGGAG